AUGGACCGCGAGCUCGAACGCGACGCCGCGGACGCCGCCGCGCGCGCGCGGGCGCUGGAGGAGAUACACGGCGCGCUGAGCUCGCUGCGCGUGCGCGAUGUCGACGCGGCGGCGGCGGCGGAUGAAAACGACGACGACGACGACGACGCGUGGGACGACGACCGCGGGUGGACGGCGAGCGAAGACGACGUCGAUGACGUCGGUGAUGCCCUCGAUGCGCUGGACGCGCUGGACGACGUGGCGGCGCAUCGGGGGGAUGGACGGGGACCGACGCGCGGGACGCCGGGCGGGGCGGCGCGGGCGCUCACGCGGGCGGCGAACGGAGGCGGUCGGCGGUGGACGGGACGACCGAACGGUGGUGAGGGGGUGCGGAUGAAAAAUACUCCGUCGGGGUCGUCGAAGCGACCGGUGGGGGGACGUUUGGAUAAGGCGCAAAAGGCGCUUCCGGGAACGUCGGCGAGCGAGCAAAAAGUGCGAAACGCAUUCAAGGAACAUCAGCGGAAAGAGUCGAAGAACGCUUCACUGAAUAAAGAUAAAGAAGAUAGAGCGACCGUGGAGCAAGCGUUGGAUCCUCGAACGAUGCUGAUCCUUUUCAAGAUGCUGAGCAGGGAGACGUUUACGGAGAUUCACGGGUGCGUCUCCACCGGGAAAGAGGCAAACGUGUAUCACGCGCGAAAAGUUUCGCCGGAUUCGCCCGCGGUGGACUUCGCGGUGAAGGUGUACAAGACCUCGAUCUUGGUCUUUAAAGAUCGUGAUCGAUACGUCAGCGGUGAUUGGCGAUGGAGAAACGGGUACAGUAAGAAGAAUCCGAGGAAAAUGGUGCAGACGUGGGCGGAGAAGGAGAUGCGAAACCUCAUUCGUCUCAAGGAGUCCGGCUUGCGCGUGCCAAAGGUGGAGAUGCUGCGCUCGCACGUGUUGGUGAUGGAAUUCAUUGGGACCGACGAUGGCGUCGCCGCGCCGCGUUUGCGCGACGCCGCGCCUGGGAUUUCAACUAAGAAGAUGCGCUCGCUCUUCACCGAGCUCAUCGUCGACGUGCGCUGGAUGUAUCAAAAGUGCCGCUUGGUGCACGCGGACUUGAGCGAGUACAACUUGCUCUUCCACGACGGACACAUAUGGAUCAUCGACGUUUCGCAAUCCGUCGAUCAAGACCACCCCAGGUGCUUGGAGUUCUUACGCGAGGACUUACUUCACGUGAUUCAGUUUUUCGCCAAGCGCGACGUCGCGGUGCCGACGGUUCGCGAACUCUUUGAUUUCGUCGUCGAUCCUGCGAUUAACGACGAAAACAUGGAGGCCGUCUUGGAAGCUCUGAGCGAAUCCGCGGAGUCCCACGCCGUUGAGCUGAAAAAGGUGAACGCGCAGUUGAACGCGCUGAACUCGCACGAUCCCGACUCGAUUCCAGAGGAGGCGAUGAACGAUCCGACGCUUCUCGAGCGCGCCGCCGAGGCGGAGAUCCGCGCUAAUGUGUUUCAUCAGGCGUUCAUUCCGCGCGCACUCGACGAGGUUGACACGUUCGAGCGCGAUCAGCGUCGGCUGAAACAGGGCGACGGCGAGUCCGAGGGGAUUUAUUACCAAACCAUCACCGGAAUGGCGGACGAUUUGAGCGGCGUGCGCACGACGCCGAUGCUCAUAUCGAAGCGUCUCGAGGUCGUGGACGAGGACGAGGAGUCCGAGGACGGCGAUGACGAAACAGACGAGGAUGUGGAUAUGGAAGAUGGGGAAGACGCGUCCGGGGACGAAGACGACCCGGAACGUCGUUUCAGAAAGGAACCCGUCGACAAGGAAGCCGCCAAGGCGGCUCGCAAGGCGGCGGCCAAGGCGCAGAAAGCCGCCGCCGCGGAGAAGCGAAAGACGAAGAUCCCCAAGCACGUCAAGAAGGCGAAGACAAAGAAGGCGAAGAAGUAG